AUGUCGACGACUACUACUCUAGUCCAGCGCAAGCCCACUCCUACCCAGACUCAGAAUGAUGAGUCCAAGAGUGCCAUCGAGCGACUAUCGCAUGGCGUGACUAUUUCCGGGAUCCCAUCGUUUACUUCAAUCGAAAAGAAGCGCCACUGGAUGCUGGAGCAUAUGGCUGGUGCAUUCCGAGUAUUCGCCAGAAAAGGGUUCGCGGAAGGCCUUGCAGGACACAUCAGCUUGAGAGAUCCUGAGCAUGCGGACUGCUUUUGGACAAACCCAUACGGGAAACACUUUGGCCUUAUUAAAGUUUCAGACCUGAUUCUUUUGAAUGAAAAUGGCGAGCCCGUCGGAGGCGCUACCCACCUUCCAGCCAACGCAGCAGGAUUUGAGAUUCAUUCCCACUUGCAUAAAAGGUACCCGCACGUCAAUGCAGCAUGCCACACGCACUCAAAGUACGGUAAGGCAUAUUCUGCAUUCGGCAGGAGGUUGGAGAUGAUUAAUCAGGAUGCCUGUGAUUUUUAUGGGGAUGCACAUGCCGUCUAUCCCGAAUUUGGAGGUGUCGUGCUAUCGGACGAGGAGGGUGCAAAACUAGCUGAAUGCCUGGGGCCAAAGGGCAAGGCUCUCAUCCUCCAGAAUCACGGACUACUCACCGUUGGUCAAACCGUUGAUGAAGCGACGUAUCUUUAUACGUUGAUGGAACGAUCCUGUGAAGUGCAACUCCUUGUAGAUGCUGCAGCGGAGGGAAGUGGAAAGGCCAAGAAGUUCGCGAGUGACCAGGCUUGCGAGUUCACCUUCAAGGCCGUUAGCGAUCCCGAGGCCCUUUAUUGCGCGUUCCAGCCCGAUUACGAAAUGGAGAAGGCACUAACCAACGGCGAUUUCCUGGACUAG